AUGUUGUUUCAACAAUUGUUAUCGACAGCCUCUGCUAGAUUCAAUGCUGUAGCCGCACGUCCAUCGAUGCUCGGUCAAAGCAACAUUUUGUCUGCCAGCUUGGGUGCCUUCCGCACACCAUCUACCAUCACCAACACCACUAGCUUUGGAGCAACACAGAUGCGUUUCGUCACAUACGGUAACACCUAUCAACCCUCUCAACUUGUUCGCAAGAGAAGACAUGGAUUUUUAGCUCGUUUAGCCACCAAAAAUGGUCGUCGUGUCAUCGUUAGACGUCGUAUGAAGGGAAGAAAGUUCUUGUCUCAUUAG